AUGCCUGUGACAAAAUCUACAAAGGAGCCUAAGGCGGCACCAACACUUAGAUAUUGGAUUGUUAAACUGAAGGAAAUACAGUCAUCGUUUGGAGAUAUUUGGGAAUUUGUCGAAACAUUCCAAGAAGAUGUAAGCUCGACACAAAUUUCGGUACGAUUAAAUGCCAUCGAUGAUUUGUGGGAAAGGUUUGGAGAUGUUUUGAUAGAAAUUAAAUCUCAUGAGGACUUUACUGCAGGUGAUGAAAUAUACGAUAAAGAGCGAAAGGAAUUCAGUGAUAGGUUUUACCAUGCGAAAUCGUUUCUGAUUGAGAAGGCCAAGGAGCGUCAGGACUCUGCUGAGGUGAACCAGACUAUUCGAUCAGAAUCUGGCCACAUGGCAAACGUGGAUCAUGUUCGACUCCCACAAAUCAAGCUUCAAUCUUUUGACGGAAACAUCGAUGAAUGGCUAGGUUUUCGUGAUUUGUACCUCUCUUUGAUUCACUGGAAGCAGGAACUUCCAGAGGUGGAAAAGUUCCACUAUUUGAAAGGGUGUUUGCAAGGCGAACCAAAGGCGUUGAUCGAUCCGCUACAAAUCACGAAAACAAAUUAUACUGUUGCAUGGGAGAUGCUAUUGAAACGGUACAAUAAUAGCAAACAGCUGAAAAAACGGCAGGUGCAAGCACUUUUCAAGCUGCCAGGAAUGGUAAAGGAAUCCAAGGGUGAGCUACAAACGUUGCUGGAGGGUUUUGAGAGAAUUGUGAACACUCUUGAUCAAGUUCUGGAAACCGACGAAUACAAGGACUUACUGUUGGUGAAUUUUCUCGUUUCUCGGUUGGAUUCCGUAACACGUAGGAGCUGGGAGGAAGAGUCUGCUACCAAGGAGCAAGAUUCUCUGGCAGAACUCACAGAAUUUCUUCAUCGUCGAGUUCGGGUUUUAGAAGCUCUCCCUCCACGGUUUACGGACAACAGAUCAAUGCAGCCUCAAGGUUCGGUGAAACAGAAGACGGUCAGUGUCAGAACUUACCAUAACAACGUGAAGUCUUCCGGGAUUAGAUGUCAUGCAUGCAAGGAAGGUCAUUUGCUUCACCAGUGUCAGAAGUUUUUGAGAAUGGGUGUCAAUGAAAGGGAUUCUCUGUUGAAGGUUCAGUCGUUAUGCAGAAACUGUUUCAGGUCUGGGCACAUGGCUAAGGAUUGCCAGUCUAAAUUCUGGUGCAGGACCUGUAAAGGUAGACAUCAUACGUUGGUGUGUUUCAAGGUGAAGGAAGACAGUCAGCCAGCCGAACUUCGAUCAAGUGUUCCUUCAACAUCAAGUGGUGGUGCUUCGAAAGAGAGUUCUACUUUUCAAACAUCGCAUUCGUCAUCAGCCUGCCUAACAUCUAGUGAUCAGAGGAGGCCUCGAUCACAGGUUCUGCUAGCAACAGCGGUAGUUUUCAUCGAAGAUGAGAUGGGCGCCCGGAUUCCAGCUCGUGCAUUGUUAGACUCCGGAUCAGAAAGCAACUUUAUCUCUGAGCGGUUGUGUCAGUUGAUGAAGAUAAGUCGGAAGAAGGUGGACAUCUCAAUCUUGGGUAUCGGUCAAGUACAAACAAGAGUCAAGCAUAAGAUUGAGGCGGUGGUUCAUUCCAGGGUAACCAGAUUCUCCAAAGAAAUGAAUUUCUUGGUUUUACCGAAGGUAACGGUUGAUCUUCCUACAUCAUCGGUUGAUACGGAUGGGUGGAGAAUUCCGGACGGUAUUAGUCUUGCGGAUCCGUCAUUUUUUGUGUCCACAAAGGUGGAUCUAGUUCUUGGAAUUGAGUUCUUUUUCGAGUUUUUCCAAACGGGGAAGAAUAUGUGUAUUGGCGACAACUUACCAACGCUCACGGAUUCGGUUUUCGGAUGGGUGGUUUCCGGAGGUCUAUCGGAACACACAGUGACAAGGGUCAACUGUAACACUUCUACUACAGAGUCGUUGGAAUCGUUGGUUUCCCGUUUUUGGGCGUGCGAGGAGAUCGGUUUAGAAAAACUGUACACAGAGGAGGAACAAAUGUGUGAAGACCAUUUUCAGAAAACGGUUCUGAGAAAUCCCGAUGGAAGGUACACAGUUGCCUUGCCCAAAAACCCACAGUCUUUUCCAACUCUGGGUGAAUCAAAGGAAAUAGCAUUUCGUCGGUUGCAAGCUACGGAACGAAGGCUGAACAGGGAUUCUGACCUUCGAAACCAAUAUAGCGCGUUUAUGGAGGAAUACCUUGAGCUUGGACACAUGCAGAAGGUUAAGGAGGAUCUACUUGUGAAACGUUGCUUCCUACCACAUCAUCCCGUCCUGAAAGAAAGCAGUACCACCACAAAACUUCGGGUGGUGUUUGAUGCGUCCUGUAAAACGUCUUCGGGGACCUCGUUGAAUGAUGGGUUGUUAGCUGGGCCGGUGAUUCAGGAGGAUUUGAGGUCGAUCAUACUUCGUUGCCGUACAAACCAAGUCAUGGUUGUUGCGGAUGUAGAGAAGAUGUUCCGGCAAAUCUUCAUAACUCCUGAGGAUCGUCCUUUGCAAUCGAUACUUUGGCGAAAAUCACUGUCGGAUGAGGUCGCAGUAUACGAGCUGAACACAGUUACGUACGGUACAAAACCCGCACCAUUCUUGGCAACCAGGACUUUGAAACAGUUGGCUAUUGACGAAGAGGAGCGCUAUCCCCUUGCGGCUAAGGCUUUUACCGAGGAUACCUACAUGGACGAUGUGAUAACCGGAGCAGAAGAUGUGGAAGCAGCACUCAAGCUGAGGCUUCAGCUCGAAAAUGCUGCGAUAGCGGGUGGAUUUCGGUUACGAAAGUUUGCUUCUAACUGUCCAAGGAUUUUAGAAGGCAUGACUGAGGAAAACGUGGCGAUUAAAGACUUCUCGGAGGAUGCUGAAUCAGAUCCGUCGAUGAAGAUUCUUGGACUCACAUGGCUGCCGAAAUCAGACAUCUUCAAAUAUCAAUUUAGUUUUCCGGAGUUAUCGACAUCAGGUGACCUUACGAAACGACAGGUUCUUUCGGUGAUUGCAACAUUGUUCGAUCCGCUCGGUUUAUUGGGAGCAGCGGUUACAACAGCUAAGGUUUUCAUGCAACAACUUUGGCUAUUGCAGGAUAGCAAUCAAGAGCGUUUGGGUUGGGAUCAACCACUACCUCCAACGGUGGGUGAGGUUUGGCGGAAUUAUUUCGAGCAGCUACCGUUGUUGAACGAAAUCAGUAUCGCACGUUGUGUCAGGAUCCAAGGAGCUGCAGAGCUAGAAAUUCACUGCUUUUCAGAUGCCUCUGAAAAGGCAUAUGGAGGAUGCGUGUAUCUGAAAAGCGUAGAUUCGGAAGGAAGAGUGAAGAGCCAUUUACUGUCAGCGAAAUCCAAGGUGGCUCCGUUGAAAUGCCAAUCGAUUCCUCGUCUAGAGUUGUGUGGGGCACUUCUCACUGUGCAGCUGUUUGAAAUGGUUCAGAAAUCGAUUAAAAUCGACUGUCCGGUUUAUUUUUGGACGGAUUCCACUUGCGUGUUGCGUUGGAUCCAAGCGGUGCCUACCACAUGGACCACCUAUGUGGCUAACAGGGUUGCUAAAAUACAAUCAUUUAGCAAGGGAUGUGAAUGGAGACAUGUCCCUGGAGCAGAUAAUCCUGCGGAUUUGAUCUCACGGGGAGUUGCGCCCGAGAAGUUUAUACAAGCCUUGAGAAGAUUUGUCGGCAGACGCGGGAAAUGCUCUGAUUUGUUUUCUGAUAAUGGAACAAAUUUUGUGGGUGCAAAAAAUCAGCUGAAGGAGCUUUUCAGUCUGUUCAAGGACCAGAAUCAUCGUGAAAUGGUAGAACGAGAAUGCUGUAACGAAGGUAUUCGUUGGCAUUUCAAUCCGCCGAGUGCCCCUCAUUUCGGUGGGUUAUGGGAGGCAGCCGUUCGUUCAGCUAAGCAGCACAUACUUAAGGUUAUUGGUGAAAACCCAGUAUCGGCCGAAGACUUCACAACAUUGCUCGUUCAGGUGGAAGCUUGCUUAAACUCGAGACCUCUCACACCUCUGUCUGAUAACCCAGAGGAUCUCGAGCCGUUAACUCCUGGACAUUUCCUUAUUGGGGAAUCAUUACAAGCUUUACCGGAUUUGAAUUUUGAAGAUACACCAGAUAAUAGAUUAAAUCAACUUCAGCAAAUGCAGAAAAAUCUAAGGCUUAUUUGGAAUCGUUGGCGACGUGAGUACUUGGCGCAGCUUCAGGCUCGUACUAAACGUUGGAAGCCAGCUGUUUCCAUAAAACCAGAUAGCAUGGUUAUAAUCAAGGACGAAAGACUCCCACCAUGUCGCUGGAAAAUGGGUCGAAUAAUGGAACUUCACCCUGCACCAACACAGACAUCUAGGAAGGCAGCAAACAACAACAACAAAAACAACAACAGUUUGCAGGUUAUUGUAUAUUGCCAGCGGCUCUUAGAGGCGGCAAACGACCAAAGUGGCUUAACCUCGGAACUGAACUAUGGCGAAAAACAACCAUCCGAAAAGUCCCUGGAGCGUGACGGAAGCAGCGACGCGGCACCAAAAUACGUAUCCGCCAUUUCUCGAUUGCGCCAGCCAGAUACACUUUUAUACAUGCAAGAUAAUAACUUUGAGGUUCGUUUUGCCGGCGCCUCCGCCGAGCGUUCCGAGUUUGCUGCUGCUGUAGUUCGCGUUCUGCGCCUGAGAAUUACCAUCGCAGCUCAAAUCCAGAGAAAUCCUGUUAAGAUGAUCAAGGAAACUAUAAUUUUCAUCUGCCCCCCAGCCGGGGAAUCCAUCACUUCCGGCGGAGAUCAACCUAGAGGAGGGAAACAGUGA